CAUCCCUCUUAUCUGAUCCGGGCAUCUUAUCUGAUGGAUCGACAACUCUAAUAGCGACCACACAUGAGAGAUCAUUGAUCUAUAACAUGCCAUCUGCGCUGACAUAUACAUUUCGCUCGCUCAGCGGUUAUCUUUUCAAAUCUGUCUUGGCACCAACCAGCCGACCUCGGAGAAAACAAUUCGAAGCAACAUCUCAACUUUGCAUAUCACUACCAACAACAACAACAUCAAUUCUCCACCACAUCCCCAAGACAUCUCGCAAACAAUGUCUACAGGUUCUGGAACACCAAUCACACUCCCCAGCGCCACACAACACGACCUCACAAACUCCGUCACUGGUCUAAACUACCGCGUCCAAAUCUCGUGGCCAAUAAACUGGAUCCGUACAAAACAACUCCGCGACUCCAAAAUCCCUGUCCUCUACAUCUUAGAUGGAAACGCUUUAUUCCUUACCGCCUCAGAAAUUCUGUGGAGAAGUGCGAGUAAUUCGUUCUAUCAUGGUGGAGGUAUUGUGGUAGGGGUGGGAUAUCAGGAUAUCCCGACGCAGACGGGGAGUUUGUUUAGUAGUCAGAGGAAUACAGAUCUGACGUUGAGGGAGCAUGAUGUGUAUGCAGGAUUAGGGGGUGCUGAUGCGUUUCUGGAGUUUAUCGAAAGGGAGGUUAGGCCGCUGGUGAGGAGACAGUUUGAAGAUGUCGAGAUUGGCAAGGAAGCUAUCUUUGGGCACUCGUUUGGUGGGUUGUGUGUGCUUCAUGCGCUGUUUAGCAAGAAAGGUGGCGCUUUUGAUGCAUAUUUCGCUGCGAGUCCCUCGGUGUGGUGGGAUGUGAAGAUCGUGGACGAGGCGGAGGACUUUUGCAGUGGUGAGGAGAAAAAGCCGAAAUGCUCAUUGCACAUAUCCUACGGAGGAUUCGAAGCAAAGCCAAAGCGGGUACACUCAGAGUCAGAGAUCGAGCUCGAGGAGAGGCAGAAACGCUGUGUAGAGCGCAAGAUGGGUGCAAACGCAGUUGCGAUGGAGAAGAAAUUGCGAGAGAGCGGAAAGCUGAAGGACGUCUCAAUCGUCGAAUUCGAGCAGGAAGACCAUGGCACGGUUGCUACUUCUGCAUUACUCAGGGCAUUGAGCACUUUUCUGGACCAUUAAAGAUUGUCAGGAUGGUACUGGACGGUACCGGCAUCGUCCCGGCGCAAAAAGUGCCAACAGUUCCGAGGGCACGUUAUAUCUGCUCGCAAUGUUUCGAACGUGCAAGCACAUCCCUGGUAAUUGCCUCCUCGAUGCAUCCUCAU